AUGGAAGCGGCCAAAGCAGAGGAGCUGUCAGCCGGACAGGCUGCGUCUAUAUUCGGACGAUCAGAUCUGGAGGGUCAGAGGAGCAAUGCUGAGCGGAGAAAGAAACGGAUCUACUACAGUAAAAUCACUAUUGGGGUUCUGCUGCUGUGCUUACUGGUCAUCCUCUUGGCUGUGGUUAUUUCAGUGAGAAUGGGCGCUGCUGAGAGAGCAGGCGGGGAGCUCUGGAUGGAGGUCUCUGCUGAAGUCCAACAGCCACAGUGUCCACCUGGUUUUUCCAAGCCUCCUCUCAUCCUGGUGUCUUUGGACGGUUUUCGGGCAGAGUACCUCAAAGAUCACAAGAGCCACGUGCCCAUUAUCAACAAGCUGCGAAAUGACGGAACAACAGCACCCUACAUGAGGCCCAUCUAUCCCACAAAGACCUUCCCCAACCACUACACUAUUGUGACCGGUCUUUAUCCAGAGUCUCAUGGGAUUGUGGACAACAAGAUGUAUGAUGUGACACGCAACAGCUUUUUCAGUUUGAAAACUAAUGAAAAGUUCAACUCCAACUGGUAUCAAGGGGAACCAGUCUGGAUCACUGCCAUGCGCCAGAAGCUGAGAGCAGCAACUUUCUUCUGGCCGGGCUCUGAUGUGGCAAUAAAUGGCACCUUUCCAAAUUACUACCAGCCUUAUGACAAGUCUGUCUCAUUUGAGACCAGAGUGUCAACACUGCUUGAGUGGCUCAGCCUGCCUGAGGAAGAAAGACCGGACUUUUAUACUUUGUACCUGGAUGAACCGGACACUGCAGGACAUUAUUAUGGCCCAGGAAGCCGACAGGUGAUUUACUCUUUGGAAAAGGUUGACAGGAUUCUGGGCAAGGUGAUGGAUGGCCUCGUAGCGAGAAACCUGCACCAGUGUGUCAACAUUAUAAUCAUAUCUGACCAUGGCAUGGAGAAGGCUACAUGUGAAAAGGCAGUGUAUGUUUCAGACUACCUGCAGCACACAUCUGACUUUAAUGUCAUCCAAGGCCCAGCCGCUCGCAUCAGACCCAAGCGUCUCCCAGAGGAUUACUUCUCCUUCGACUACGAGGGCCUGGUGAAGAACCUGUCGUGCAGGACCCCUGACCAGCAAAUGAGGCCUUACCUCAAAGAAAACCUCCCCAAAAGGAUGCACUUUGCGAACAACCACCGAAUAGAGAGAGGGCACCUUUAUAUGAAGUCAGGCUGGCAGGCCGCACUAAGCGCAAAAGAAAUCAAGUAUUGCUCUGGGGGUUUCCACGGCUCAGAUAACAUCCUCACCAACAUGCAGGCGAUCUUCAUAGGCUACGGUCCAGGAUUUAAAGAAAACACAGUUGUGCCCCCCUUUGAAAACAUCGAACUAUAUAACCUCAUGUGUGAUCUUCUAGGUAUUCGUCCGGCUCCGAACAACGGGACCCACGGCAGUCUGAACCACCUCCUGAGGCAGCCCGUCCACCUGCCAGUGCACCCAGCACAGCGGUCCCACGAGACCCCCUGCGAGGCCACUGAGUUCCUCCCCACUGACCCCCUGCACUGCAACUGUUCAUCUAAAACCAUUAUGGAGGACCUCAUGAACAGAAAUCUUACAACGAUGGAUUCAAGCACCAAAGCCAGUUUACGUCGCCUUCACCAGCCCUUUGGCAGCCCUACGGUUGUCCAGCCAGGUGCCUCCUACUGUCAGCUGUACCACUCUGACUACCUCAACGGAUACAGUAAAAACCGCAUGAUGCCCCUCUGGGUGUCGUACACGCUCCAGCCUUCGACCAGAACGAUAUCCCCGGAACCAGACUUGGAGGCCUGUGUUCGUGCGGAUGUUCGCGUCCCAGCUCCCGCCAGCCAUCUGUGCCUGCGCUACAGAGAUGACCCCGCUCUGUCCUAUGGCCCGCUGCACCCUUACUAUCUGAGUUCCCGCGGCCCUGAGAAAGACUCUAUUCUCAACAGCAACAUGGCACCAAUGUUUCCUGCUUUUAAAAAUGUUUGGAACCAUUUCCAUUUCUCUAUACUUAUAAACUAUUCAAAUCAGCUUAAUGGAGUCAACGUCAUCAGUGGGCCAAUAUUUGAUAAAGACUUCGAUGGAAAUGAGGAUCCACUUCCCCAAGUUUCAGCGAAUGAAGCUCCCGUCCCGACACAUUUCUUUUUGAUCCUCACCAGCUGCCGUAACUCCACAUUCAGCCCCCUUAACUGUGAGGGUCCACUUCAGGUCAGGUCUUUCAUCCUUCCCCACAGGCCUGAAAACACAGAAUUCUGUGCCGACCCGGAUAAACUGGACUUUGUGGAGGAGUGGAUGCAGUUUCACACUGCUCGAGUCAGAGACAUCGAGCUUCUCACAGGACUCAGCUUCUAUCACGACAGGUUAUCAGUGGAACAGACGCUACAGCUCAAGACAUUUCUACACAUCGAUUAA